CGGAAGUGGGCGGAGCCUCCAGAUGACUGAGACAUGUCAGCCGCUUGACUGUGAAGGGGUUUACCUUUGCCCCCCUCGGCACCCGCAGGCCUUCCAGGGGUGAGCUCCCUUCACCCCCAACCCCACCGCCGUCGCCGGUCCCCCUCCAGACCUCCUGGUCUGGCGUGAUCGGACGUGAACAGAUGUGGUCAAGAACUGUUCAUGAAAAACUUUGCUUAGAAGGAGUGAACAUUCAAUAAUGAGUGGUGUGGCUUUGGGACUUGAAAUUGUUUUUGUCUUUUUCCUGGCAUUAUUCCUACUUCAUCGAUAUGGAGACUUUAAAAAGCAGCAUAGACUUGUGAUUGUUGGAACACUGCUUGCUUGGUAUCUCUGCUUUCUUAUUGUCUUCAUCUUGCCUCUGGAUGUUAGCACGACCAUCUACAACCGAUGUAGGCAUGCUGCUGGAAACUCAAGCCCACCUGAGAAUAACAACAUUACAGGAGUAUACGCACCUGCCACCCCAGUUCCAAGGCAGCAUCCAUGUUUCAAGCCAUGGAGUUACAUUCCUGAUGGAAUCAUGCCAAUUUUCUGGAGGGUAGUUUAUUGGACAUCACAAUUUUUAACAUGGAUUCUGCUACCUUUUAUGCAGUCUUAUGCUAGAUCUGGAGGGUUUUCCAUCACUGGAAAGAUAAAGACUGCACUGAUUGAGAACGCAAUCUACUAUGGCACAUAUUUGCUGAUUUUUGGAGCAUUUUUAAUUUAUGUAGCUGUAAACCCACGUUUGCAUUUAGAAUGGAACCAACUUCAGACAAUUGGAAUAGCUGCUGCCAAUACAUGGGGUCUGUUUCUUCUUGUGUUAUUGUUGGGGUACGGCUUGGUGGAAAUUCCUCGAUCGUACUGGAAUGGAGCAAAAAGGGGUUAUUUACUUAUGAAGACUUACUUUAAGGCAGCCAAGCUGAUGACAGAAAAAGCAGAUGCAGAAGAGAAUUUGGAAGAUGUUAUGGAGGAGGUUCGCAAAGUAAAUGAAAGCAUCAAAUAUAACCACCCAUUGAGAAAAUGUGUUGAUACUAUACUUAAAAAGUGCCCUACAGAAUAUCAGGAGAAAAUGGGUAGGAAUAUGGAUGAUUAUGAAGAUUUUGAUGAAAAGCGUAAUACUUACCCAAGUGAAAAGAGUCUAGUAAAACUGCAUAAACAGGUGAUUUAUUCAGUUCAAAGGCACCGUCGAACUCAAGUGCAAUGGCAAAUUCUUUUGGAACAAGCUUUCUAUCUAGAAGAUGUAGCAAAAAAUGAAACCAGUGCAACUCAUCAAUUUGUUCACACCUUUCAGUCUCCAGAGCCAGAAAAUAGGUUUAUCCAAUAUUUUUAUAAUCCUACAGUUGAGUGGUACUGGGAAUGUCUUUUGCGGCCAUGGUUUUACAGGAUACUUGCUGUGGUUUUGUCCAUCUUCUCUGUGAUUGUUGUGUGGUCAGAGUGCACAUUCUUUAGCACAAAUCCUGUCUUAUCCCUCUUUGCAGUCUUCAUACAGCUGGCAGAAAAGACAUACAACUAUAUUUAUAUUGAGAUUGCUUGUUUCCUUUCCAUCUUCUUCUUAAGUAUCUGUGUCUAUUCUACUGUAUUCAGGAUUCGUGUGUUUAAUUAUUACUACCUGGCUUCACAUCAUCAGACGGAUGCUUACAGUCUUCUUUUCAGUGGCAUGUUGUUUUGCCGUUUGACUCCUCCUUUAUGUCUUAAUUUCUUGGGUCUAACCCAUAUGGAUUCCUCCAUCUCUCACCAGAAUACUCAGCCAACUGCUUAUACAUCUAUUAUGGGUUCCAUGAAAGUUCUAUCCUUCAUAGCAGAUGGGUUUUACAUAUAUUACCCUAUGCUGGUGGUGAUCCUUUGUAUUGCUACUUAUUUUAGUUUGGGAACCCGUUGUCUGAAUCUUCUCGGUUUCCAGCAGUUCAUGGGAGAUAAUGAUAUGACAUCAGACUUAGUCGAUGAAGGAAAAGAAUUGAUCAGACGAGAGAAAAGGAAAAGGCAAAGGCAAGAGGAAGGUGAAAACCGAAGGAGAGAAUGGAAAGAACGUUAUGGACACAAUAGAGAAGAUUCCACUAGAAACAGAAAUGUUCAUCCAGACCCCAAGGAAUCAAAUUUCUCAGAUACUACUACCAAUUGGUCAUCCAAAUACACAAGGGGUAAUAACAGGACUGAGAGGGACCGAAUAGAACUGCUUCAAGAUGCAGAACCUUUGGAUUUUAAUGCAGAAACAUUCACUGAUGAUACUCUUGAAUCUGAAUCAGGAAGGUAUCAGCCUGGUGGACGAUAUCUCUCCAUGUCUUCCAGCGUCAUAUUUGAAGAUAUCUAAAGUUGGAAGAAAUUCAUGGAUCAACUACCCAAGGUCAACACAUCAGCUUUGUGGCCUAGAAUUUUCUCUGCACUCUCCAUGAAAAGUAUCAAGACAAACUGAAAAAGCAAUGAGAAUUAGUUACAUCUUAGUCGGUUAUAAUUCACUGAUUAGAGUAUCAUCUUUUCUAAUAGGACUUGUCAUAUACCAUCUGAAGGGUCUGCCUUAGAAAUAUAGUUACAAUGGAAGGAUUUAAUUCACGAAAAUAACUCAUGAAAGUAAUAUUUUGAGAACAUGUAACUCAGUUUGUUUCAGAUUAAUUUUUUUCAGGAGAGUUAUUUUAAAGGUCCAAGAAAACUAUAAGUCAUACUAAAUGGUAUAGUUUUGUUAUUGUGAUUUACAUUUUUACUGUUAUAAAAAAUAUAUUCAACUUGUAUUUUCCAAAGAAAUGAAAGUUCAUUGAGACCUCAGAUAAUAACCAUAGUUACAAAGUCCAUGUCUUAAACUAAGUUAUUUAUCAGACAUAACUGAAUGUACCAAGUUCUUUUUCAGAUCUACAUACAAGCUUGUGGGAUUUUUGCAUGCAUAAUUAAGAUUAUAUGUCAGGUGGUAGUAUUAGUGUCUUUAGCAUGUGUUUUCUAAUCAUGGGAUGUCUUAUCCUUUCAGUCAUCACAGUAACUAGAUUUAUUAUGCUUUUGAGAUUUUCAUUUCAGAGAAAAGUAUUCACCUUUAACAUUUAGCAUAUUGACUUACUAUGGCUUAUUCCAUUUGAGAAGAAAUUCUAAUGGUGAAUGUCAAUUAAUCUUGCAAGAGUCUUCAACACAAAGCUGCCUGUUGAUGCUGUUUAUAUAUAUAUAUUUGGUCAUUCAAAGGUUAAAAAAAAAUGAAUCCAUUCAUUAUUAUUGCAAGCACUUAAACUUAAACUUAAACUUAAACAGAGGCUUAUACAAAACAGAAAGUGAUAUUAGAAUGGAACUAUGUAAUAAUGGCUUGUUAGUUAAACAUGCUUAUCAUUUUAAUUGGUUGUCUUAGCCUUUAAGUUUAAGCUGAAGCUAGGUAUUGUAUCUUAAAGCACCAGUAUUUGGGAUUAAAGGAAUGCACCACCAUGCCUGGCAUGAAUUUAAAUUUUUUAGUUUAUCCUUUAGUAAGGGUUAUUUCAUAAAUAUCUGAGGAUAAUAGUUCUCUGCAGGUACUGAAAGGAGUAGUUCAUCCUAAUUAUUUUAUUUUUUUAUAAUUGAACUUUUAUGAGCUUUGAAAUUAGAUCCCUUUUAAAAUAAUUAUCACUGGAUAGAUUUACUCUGAAAUGAAGGUAAUGUAGCAUGCUUAAUCUAAAGACACACAAAACAGCCUUUUAUUAUGAAGUGUGGUCAGAAUGAUAGGCCAGGAGCAGCAAGGAUGUAAUGCUAUUUAUAAUUACAUGAUUGACUCCUUGAGUAACUUGAGUAGAUAGUAACCUCUCAGUGCCUCAAUUUCUUCAUUUUUAGUAUGAAGAAAAUAUUGCUGUUUACCUACUGGUCUACCUCACAAAACUGUGAGGGAUUAAGCUGAUGUUAUACUAGUGUUAGAAGACAAAGCCAGUUGUUAGCUGUGCUAUUUUUUCUAGUAGUAUUUGAAAGUGAUGGAUGGGAAAAAUGGUCAUCACAUAAAUGGGUCAAAUUGCUUAAUUUUACAGAGAAACUUACAAAUCCCCAAAGCAAAAAAUCCCUUUUUGACUAAUUUAUGACUAAUUUUGUGAAAGUGUUUUAUCACUUAGUAUUUGGAUUUACUUUAGAAUAUUUUUUAAAUAUAAUAUUAUUACCAGGUUUUGUCUUGGUAUACAUAUGCUCUCAUAGAAGGACAAAAGUUGUCAAAAUUUAUAAUUUUAUAAUUAAUGCCCUAAGACAUGUGGAUAGAAAUGUAUAAAGGAAUGCUGGUACUUUCCUUUAUACUAAAUGUUAUGGUUGCAGUAGUUGAAGCACAUGUGUGUGUGUUUAUGUGUGUGUGUGUGUGUGUGUGUGUGUGUGUCUGUGUGUGUACUUCAUAAAUAGUGAUUCCCAUUAUGGCUUCUGAAUUAUUGCCAAGAUAAGUUUUGGUUGCUUCAAUGAUCCAGAGUAUUCAAAUUUUGAAGUCAUUCAUUUAUCUUACAAUAUUUUAUAUACUACACCCAUAUAGAAGUCACUUUGCUGGUAAAAUUGAGUUUAUAGGGUUAGGAUUUAACCCCAGAAGACUGAGCUUAUUUCUGGGGAACUAAGUUAAUAUUUCCUAUCAUGUGUAAAACACCUACAAUAUGUACUUUUUUUCUGGUAAAGGCAUCUGUUAUGAAAUAACACUACUAUAUAAUACUUUACAUGCAAAGUGUAUUUCAUAAAGAAUUAUUUCCUGUACUUUCUGGUCUUACAUAAUAAUAAACACCUGGCUAGGAUUACAUAAUUUUUUUGAGCCAGGGUUUUGUGUAGCUUUGGCUGGCUUCAGAUUUGCUGUUUAGUUGAAGAUGACCUUGAUCAUAUGAUCCUCCUGCUUCCCCAUGCUCAGCUAUAUUGUUUCUUAAACAGUUGCUAAGUAUGGAUAUUUAGUGAGCCAAUAACUAAAAAUAACCAUUAUAGAAAAUAUUAAUCUAUGAAAUUCAUGAAUCUCCUAUACAUUGAUAAUUUUAUUUUUCCUGCAUAAAUAAAACUUUUUUAUCAAUAGAACAUUUUAUAAGAAAUAUCCUUACAGUAAGAAUUGAAGUAUAAAUCCAAUUAUAAAAAUUGGCUGUUCUUACCACAUGAAUACAAGUGCUUUAGAAUAAUUUCAUCACACAAGGGGACCCUCAUUUUAUAAAAAUAGUAAGAGGUAAAUCAUAGUAUUCAAUUUCCCUACGUAACAAUAGAUCAACAGUCCAAGCAUUCAAAAAGAAAUGCUGCCAUUUGAUUUGGUUUUUGCUUCUAUUGUUUAUUUAAUUUGCCAGUUCACAACUUUCAGCAUAAUAUGUCCCUAAUUAAAUGUGGAUAGCCAAGUCAUUGUGUUUUUAGUGUUAUUUGCAUGUUAAUGAACAAAUUUCAUUUACCUUCAUUUACAAACCAUAUUUGAUGCAUUUAAUAAGUAUAGGGAAUGAUUCAGAUAAAAUAUUAAUUGCCAUGUUAAGUGGAAAAUAAAUUCUAUAUAAGGCAGCUUUUAUGCUUGUGAUUUUAGUGGGCCAUGGCUGAAAAAUUGCAAGAGUGAAAUAAUAUUUGUGUUGAAACAAAAAUAUGUCCCUGAUAAAUCUCAGAAUACUUGAAUCUUCAAAGUGUAAUGAACCAUGUUAUACUAAAUUUUAAAAGUUAAGAAGUAGACAGAUUUAGGGUUUUGUCUUUUUUUCCCCUCCCUCCUUUACUCCUGUCUUCUGUCUGUCUUUACAGUAUGACUUUCAGUAUGCUGAUAGGUUUUUUCUUUCUUACAAUAUGUUCUGUGGGUAGAGUUGCUUGUGAUGAGCAGUGUACUUAGAAGGAACUGAUUCUGACUACAUAUCCCAAUACUUGAAAUCGCGUAUUGUACCUAAAUAGAACAGAGUUUGUCAGACAACGAAGCAAUGUCUGAAUGUAAAUGUGAAGUAUGCUAACUCAGUGUUCUUGCUUUUAGGUCACUAAGGAGAGCAUGUCAGUAAAAUGAGUUAUUUCUGUAUAAUAAUUUUUAUAUUAAUCUGCCCUAAAAACUCAAAAUAUUAAGAAUUGUGAGAUCUUUUAUCUUAAAAAGAAAUACAUAAAUAAUAAACUGGGUUAAAAUUUUCCUUAGGAAAGAGGGAAUAAUAUAAGAGGGUUCUAUGAGCCUUUCUAACAUAUGAAUUUAUUUUGGAAGAGUACAUCCAACUCUGACUUUUUCCUGUCCAGAGACAUGGACUAUCAGGCAGGUUAACAAUCACCAUUCUCAGCUCCUGGAUACCAGACUCUACAUGCUUAUCUGUUCAGUGGGGUGGGCACUAGUCCAGUCCUAUCCUUUCCUAUCCUAUCCUCCUUCCCACUCUUAAGGAAAAAUUCUUAAUUCUUUCUGUUCACCAGUUAUAACAAAAAAAUAAUCAUUUCAACUAUUUUUUCAUUGAGGUCGACUGAGGCUUUUCUAUAAUGUUAAAAAAAAAUAAUUUAUUACCAAUGAGAGAGAGAGAAAGAGAGAGAGAGAGGGAGAAUGGGUACACCAGGACCUCCUCCCACUGCAAACAAACUCCAGAUGCAUGUGCCACUUAAUGCAUCUGGUUUUUAAGUAAAACUAUGACAUUGUGUUCUUCUUAUUGUUAUCCUAAAAGAAAUUUGUUAUUAAGACACUCCUUGGGGAAAAUUAACUGUUUUUGUUUUUCCCUCCAGCAAACCUUUUCUUUUGUGGUCAUUUUGACCUCAGAUCAUUAUGUAAAAGGAUACUUUACUAUGUUUGCUGUAAAAGAGUAGGAAGAGUGGCUUACUAUGGCAGACAUAUGUAGGAUAAGUUCAAUACAUUAAGCUGUAACAUCAUUUAGAGUUGUUAUUACUGGCAUUAAUCUUAUCAGCCUAUCCACUUAGACCUGUAUUUAUCAAAUGAAUACUGGCUAGCAUCUUUCCUAUUUAAUAGUGUGUCAAGAUGUAGGGGAGAGAUUGUGUUAUUUAUUUUUUAAGGUAAUCCAAUGGAUUUGUUUUGUCCGUGUUUGAAAACAACUUGUAGGCUUUUUCUUAUUUUAGGAGGUAGAGAAUAUGUAGAUUAUCUUUUAAAUUACUAUAAUUAAUAUAUAUUUAUAAAUUAUAGUAUUGAAAAGUGUAGAAGAGCGCUAAUUAUUGAUGUUGCUACUUCCUGGUAUUUAAUUUUUAUAAGUGUUUUUGUAACUACUAAUUAUUAGUUUUGCUUUUACAUAGUUUUAAAAUCUUCCUCAAAUAAGUUCUGGCCAGACCUGUUUCCUUAGGACAGUAUUCUAAAGUUCAGUAAUCUGGUGUGAAUUUCAAUACAAGUCCAUCUCCUCAGUUUCUUUUUAUAUGUACCAGUACCCAAGAAAAGUAUUCCAGAAGCCUAAUUUCUGCAUUGCAUUAGUAAAGUGCUUAUUAUUUUGCUUAUAUCUGAUUCAGUUGACUAGAUGAAAAAAAGGUAAAAAAUCUUUUCAAAUGUUCAUCUAAUAUUUUAAAAAUGUUAAUUGACUAUUUUAAUUUUGUGUGCAUGAUGCCAAAUUUAUCUUUAAUCAGCCUUAUGAUCUGCUGUAUAAUGGCAAAUGUUUUCCUACCUAACCAGUGGGGUUGUAGAUAUAACUAUUUGUCUCUGUAAAUUCUCACUACAUUUUCAAAUAUGUUUUUGGAAAAAGCUAAGAAGUAUGCUACCUGUAGGUAAAUUAGCAUUUUUGCCCUUAUCUAUGCAUAAUGUUCUCUCAGAUUGAUUUUCACAAAUUCACUGACUUGCAGUUCCUUUGUAAUACUGUAAUUUAUUGUGGUGUAAUGAAUUUUUUGAAAUGUUUCUAUGAUGAGUUGUUAAAAUAUAGGAAGUUGCAUAGCUUUGCAUGAAAUAAAAUACAUUUCUGUGAGCUAUAA